GACGCGCAGCCCCUGGUGCGCAGCUCCUGCCCCACUGGCUCGACUCGCCCUCGCCUGCAGGAGGUGGUGACAGCGGCGGCUCUGUCUCACUUGACUUCAGUUUCAGUUCAGCUGCCGUGUGCCGUGCCGUGCCGUGCCGUGCCGUGCUGCGAGGCCAGGUCAGAGCACACUGUGGGCUCCGGAGGAACUGCUGCCGAGAGACAUGGAAGACGCGGGCGGUGCGAGUGUGUACGGGGCUUCGCUCGCAGGAGGAGGCUUCGACUUGAACAAGUUUGUCAGACAGCCGCAGACCAUAGUGCGGCUGCUGAGCUGGAUAUUUGCCAUGGUGGUGUUUGCCUGCAUCACAACAGAGGGAUACAUCAACAGUCCCCAAAGUGCACAGGCAAAGUGCUUCUUCAACCAGAAUGACUCAGCGUGUCAGUAUGCUGUGGCCAUUGGGGUGAUUGCCUUCCUGGCCUGCGUGGCCUUCCUGCUGUUAGAUGUUUACUUACCUUUCAUGAGCAAUGCACAGGAGAGGAAGUACGUUGUCAUGGCCGACCUGGGAUUCUCAGGGGUGUGGGCCUUCCUGUGGUUUGUGUGUUUCUGCCUGUUGGCCAAUCAGUGGGGUCGCACUUAUGAUGUCAGAGGUAUCCCCCAGGACGCUGCACGCGCCGCCAUUGCCUUCUCGUUCUUCUCCAUCGCCACCUGGGGAAUCCUAGCCUACUACGGGCUGGUUCGUUUCCGCCGUGGUACCACUGAAGUCACGCUCCCGACCUACACAGAGCCGCCAUCGGAUCACCACGCCACUUACCCUCCGACCUACCCCCCCAGCACCUACAACCCCACCACCUACACCCCUACCAGUUACGCAGCCUAUCCCAGCAGCGUGCCCGACAUGCACCAGCAGCCUCCCUUCGCCUCGAACCCUCAGCCGCAAGGAAACGUCGGCUACCAGCCGCCCACCUACUGAGACAAAGGGAGCUGGCGUGGGCGAGGUUGUGUCCCCACUCAUCUGUGGAUAGAGAGAUUGGAGUUGCACUGCACAGACUAGGAGCUAUAUCAUAUUGAUGUGGUUUUACAUUUGAUUUAACCCUUUUUUUGUUAUCAGACGUGCGAACCUGAGCAGUGCAACUGCGAGCCACAGAUGUGGGACACUGAAGUUUACAUCAAACGUUCUAUGGUCGGAUCUUGAGACGUCAGGCAGGAGUGUCGUGAUUAGUCCUGACGACGAUUGAGUAAUCUGACUUUAGUCCUCUGUGCAAAGAUGCAACUCUUACCUCAAAUGGGCCGAUCCCAGGGAGAGGGAUGAUGGAAUGUACCCAGGAGGUCAAAGGUCACAUCAUGUGACUUUAUGAAGCUCCAGUCAGAGUGGAAGAAAACAACACGGAAUGUGUUUACACUUUACUCUCUGUUGGAAACUGAGAAUGUGCAUUUGUACAUAAUAGAGGCUUUGCAAAGCUGCCAUUUUUAUGGUUGUAUGUGCGAUUUACUUUCUUAUUUCGUUUAGUGGAUUUAUUUUUUCUCCUUCAGUGCAGUAACAGCAUCUUGAGGCCCUGUAAAUAGUUAAAUAGAUUUUAAAUUAAAUAGUACAGUGGGAACAACCUUUAUAAAGAUUAAUGUCCUAUCUUUGUAGGAUUUUGCAGUUAACUAUUAUCACCAUAAAACACCUUUGAAACAAAGAUUUUUAGUUUUUCUUUGUUAAAGAAUCUCUGUGCUGCAGUAAAAUGAUUCAUGUCUUCAUCAUCUCAACUGAUACUGAUUUUAAAACUUAUUUUGGUAAAACCUGGUUGAUGAAGAUAUGAAAAACUUUAAAACCCCCAUUUCCUGAGCUGUGACGAUGGCUUAAAUGGCCUUAAUGUGGUAAAUUUGCCAAACUGCAGAGUCAUCCACUGGACGUGCAUAGUCAGUGUUGCUCUUUAUACCUGCAGCCAACAUUCAGAUAGUGAGAAGGGAGGGGAUUGUAGAACUAUGCACUUAUUGAACAAGUUUAUCCACCGAGCAUGUCCUCAUUGUGAAGUCAUUGAUUAACCACUAGUAACAAUGCUUCUUCCUCACUCUUGCUCCAAGGUCUCAGUGACAUGAUAUCCUCUGUUUACACACCUAGUCUGAACUGUUGAAGGCAGACUGCAGCGUUUGUGUCUUUCAAGAUAACAGAUUAACACUUUAGCCUGCGACAGUGGGACUCAAACACAUUUGCUGGUUUACUUUGUGCCACACAGUAGUGUUAGUCAGUUUAACACUUCAGCCGCCCUCUGGCUGUCGUAGCUCAGUUCAAGUGACUGACAGUAAUUGGCCUGAGAUCAGUUUCUUUUUUUGUCCCAUGGUUGUUGUGAAGGUGUGGGCUGACUUCAGAUAUAACAUUAUCUGAGACCAUAUAUCUGAUGAUAUACCACAAAUUGGAUUAUAUCCUUCCAACUUGGCAUUAUCAUUUGCAAUCAUGAAAAAACCCACCUCCAAAGUGUAACUCACUGAGGCUACAAUAUAUGAAUAACAACGCUGAUGAUUUGUCUUUUGUGCCUGAAGGAGAAAACUGAACUUGAGGUUUUUUUGGGGAAAAUGAAAGUGAGUGAGAGUUAAAUGUGCCAUGAUGAAAUGCUCCUGUUAUAUGUCAGUUAAACAGCUGUGGAUCUCUGCUGCACGAGUGAUUUUCUUUUGCUCUGGAAAAUCAAGUUAAAUCUAUUGUGUGAAAACUUCAGUGUAUUUAUGUUAGACAACUGCUCGUCCUGAAUAACUCAACUAAUCAUGAAUUUCUAAAAAUGUGCCUUUUGACUUUCUGUCUCCAGCAUCUCCCUACAGUAUUGUAAUAGUACUUAGGCUACAGUUUGAAAUGUUGACUCAUGAGCCCACAUUAAAUUUGCAAUGAGCUUGCCAAGUUAAUUUUGUUGAUGUUUUGUUAGAUAUAGUUAUAUUGUAAGUUUCCUAGUUUUAGAUUUGAGAAGACAGGAAUCAUUUGUGAAAAAUCUUGUUUUAUUAUUUGUGAAUUUCUAAUGUUUUAUAAAAACUGGCACCAGCUCUCAGCUUGCUUUGAUGCCUCCUCCAAAGAGAUGCCAUUUGUUCGCCUCUGUCAGGAUUACUUUAAAACUACUGACAAUUUGUGAUGGAGGAGCUCGACAUGAGGAGAAAACUAAAACUUUCGAGAGAAUCCGGAUAAUCAGGCAGAUCCAGGAAUUUUGUAUCCCUUCUCCAACAUGGCAAGGUACAGUCUUAGCCUUGGUGCACUCUCAAAGUGUCCUUCUAGCAUUUUUCCACACUCACUGAAGUUGUGAUGUUGCAAAAAGGAGCAUGACAGCAAUCUUUUCAAAACAUUUUGUUUACAGAAUAAAAUCACUCACAGGAUGUUCAGACAUAGUGAGACCAUAGCUCGUAUAUACAAAUUUAGACUUUGACUGUACUGCAGGGUAUAUAUAGUACAGCCUUCCAGGAUUUUAAGAUUAUUUUGGUCCUCGGUAGCAUGUGAGGGCGUUGGAUUACACAUCACUGAAGGGAACCAUCAAAACAUUAACAUAUGCAAAUUUGUUGAAAAGAGCAUUUGAUCUGUUUUGAAAUCAUAAAUUUUACUAGUGUACUCCUCCUGAGCAGCCUUAGUCCAAAGUCAACUUAUCCACAAAUUCAUUAUAACUGACAGCAGAUCAUACAUUUAAGAAAAAAUAAAUUAUAACUUUAGUUACCAGGAAAAAUACAGUUAAAGAAAGUAAAAAAUGCAUAAAGAUUACAGGUGAUGAUUCUAUUGUAGUUAAGCAUAUGUCAGUGAAAUAUAAGCUGGUUUAUGGAUUUUUUCAUGUUUUUCAAGUGUACGUCUCCAUCAAAGCAAAAACAUAGAAAAAGUUAAAACAGUUUGACCUCAAACACAUAAGAAAUAAUCUGAGCUGAUUUAACUAAAUUCGACUGUAGACACUUCAAGAUACAACAAACACCAAUCAUUUUAAACCAUGCCAGUUAAAAAAAUUUAAAAAAAAAA